GAAAGGUUAAAGAAGAAAUGAACUUACGGGUUAAUGUAGAGUUAUCCCCUCAUACUCUUAGAAGAUGCUUUGCUACUUAUAAUGCUAUUUCUGGAAUGCCCUUACCUGUUUUACAAAAAGUAUUAGGGCAUAGUAAGAUUUCUACUACUGCUCUUUACAUCAAAGAUUCUGAUUUAAGUAAUUUAGUGAAGUUUAGACCAGAUAAAAAAUGGCUCAAAGAAUUUGCCGAAGAAUUUAAAAGAGAUAUUAAGAAAGCCUCACCAAAAAAAACCACUUCGGGUGGUUGA